GAAAUUCACAGGCAUUAAAGGACCCUCUGACGCUGUGACCCUGUAAUGUGACCUCAGAGAGAGAUGAGCUUGUCUAUGGAGAGAUCUGGAGCAGCUUAUUAACACAGUUUACUGCUUUAAAACACGUUCAGGAUGUCGGAUGUGGAGCUUGUGAAGAAGAUGCUGCGGGCCGUGCUGCAGAGCAGUAAACAUGGUGUGGCUUUGACGCGGCUGCAGUCUGAUUACCGUGCUCUUACUGGAGAACACAUCAAUCCCCGGGUACUUGGACACCCGAGUCUGGAGAGCUUUCUGAGGUCCAUCCCCAGCGUGGUCCGCUUGGAGCGUUCACGUACCGGAGAGGUGGUGUGUUUUGCUGCUGUUUGUGAGGAGACCGCCCACAUCGCCCAGCUGGUCGCCCGACAGAAAAGUGUGAAGAAAACUGGACGCUCUCAGCUCCUCAAUUUCCAAAUGAGGACCAAGUCCUCACUGUUUACACACAAUGUGAAACCUUGCUCCUCCCUGCGGCAGCCUGGGCACAUAACCUCGUUCCCACAAGGCUCUGCCUCCUACCCCAGGAUCUCGCGGACCAUCGUCCAAGGCAACCAGCGCCAGGUGUACUUUACAAACUCCCAGUCCAGCCGAGGUCCCACCGUCCAGAGCACAGUGCCCUCAGGGGAGGUUAGGAGUGCUUCGUUGAACUUUAAGAUCCACAGGGACUUGUCCAUGACUCCUCAGACUGCAGGUCAGCAGAGGCCUGUAGAGGGCACCAUAGUAUCGGCUGGUGACAUGCAGCUGAUUCAGAACAGAGUUAAACAGCUCCUCCAGAAAUACUGCAGGGGCGUCUGGCACUCCAAACUUCCCGUCCUCUACAAGGACAUGUUCCACCAGGAGCUGCCGACAAACGCGCAUGCUCAGCUGGAGAAAUGGACACACAUCUGCACUGUGGAGAAGCCCAGCAGUAAUAACAUUGUAGGGCGUCUGGUGUAUCCUGCUAAAGAGACGACCCCCAACCUCAGCAUGCCAUCUACUUUUGCUCCCUUAAAACCUUCUGUAACCUCAAACACCCCCAAGUCUAGCUCUGUUAGACUGUCUUUCCCACUGUCUCCAGUUUCUCCCAGCCCCAAGCCCCUCAGUCCGGUGGCACAGAGACUGCCCUCUGCUGGAGAUGACACCCCUAAAUCCCCAGUUGCCUCUAACGCCAUGAACCACUCUCUGCUCACCCCGCCCUCCACACCCCCUCCGGUGGUGCCGGUGGCGCCGGCCGUGAAGCAGAGAGUUCUGGAGCUUCUGGAGAAAUACAGUCACGGCCUGUGGGCUCAUGCCCUGCCCUGCCUCUUUCAGGAGGUUUUCAGGUGUGAUUUCCCGUCACACGUUCUGGAUGAUCUGACACUGCUGGCUGAUAUAUGCGUGGUCGAUUACCCGAUGCCUGAGAACCGUCACAAGGCCAUCCUGUAUGCACUGCCCAGAGACACCCAGCCCACGCCACGCCCACAGCCACGCCCUCUCACCAUUACUUGUGGCGGAAACCCUGAGGUGCCUGAGCUGCCCCUGCCCAAAGAAGGGUUCCCGUCCGUGCUGGUGAUGGAGGCAAGCAGCACCAACAGUAUUAUAUUUAGGUAUGUUGGUGAGGAUUAUUCUAAAGCUCUGGAGAAAAUGGAGGAGGCCAUGCUGGAUUUUUACCACAAUGGUGGGGUGGGCUUUACCCUCCCCUUUCCUACAGUUGGUCAGUUUGUGGCAGUUGCCGUUGAGGAUGAUGCUGUCCUCCGAGGGCAGGUGCAUCAGGUCACAGCUGACACUGUUAAGGUGUUCUAUGUGGAUCAUGGCUUCUCUGAGGUUGUGGGCAGAAAGAAACUCCUCCAGCUCACUGCCCCGUUCCUCACGCUGCCGUUCCAGGCCACCAGCUGCCAACUCGCAGGUCUGGAGCCCUUCAGUGAAGACGCGGCCGUCCUAAAAACUCUGGAGUCGAUUGCCUGUGGACGAACACUAUUGGCCGAGCUGGUGGAGCGGGAGGCCCCGCCCCUUGUGGUUUUGUAUGACACAUCCCAGCAGACAGAUGUCAACAUAAACUCGGCCUGCCUCCAAGCCCUGCAGGACAAAACCAUGGAGAACCCCCUACAGGUGAACAGCUUGUACUCUGGCGUCCGCGUGACCAACGUGUGUUCAGAUGGCAGGGUGUACUGCCAGCUUCCGUCCCGUGGCCUCUCCAAGCUCCGAGACAUCAUGGGAAAGAUCGAGUCCUACCUCCUCUCUCAGGUGUCAUGGGAUCUGUUGGUAUCUCGGCCGUUUUGUGGUAAAGUGUGUUUGGCUCGGCACAAAGGCUCGUGGGCCAGAGUGGAGGUUGUUAAUCUUCACGGCAGUCGCGUUCUGGAUGUUCUGUUUGUGGAUCUGGGUCUUCCUGCCUCUCUGGAGGUCAGCGAACUCAGGGAAAUCCCACCAGUCUUCCUCCGGAAGCUCAUCACCAUACCGGCACAGGCUGUGAGAUGCUGUCUUGCGGAGCUGGAGGUGGAUAAGUAUGUGUGGCCUCCUGAUGCAGUCCUGUGGCUCAGAGAGACGUUGCUAAAUGCAGACGACUGCAGCAUGAAGAUAUCCUGUUUGGACUCAGCAGGACUGGUGCACGUCUACCUGUUCCGUGGUGCCGUAUCUCACGACCGCUCCUCUAGUGUUAACCUUCAACUGGCCUCCUCAAGCCUGUGGCAAACCCCGCGUGACGCCCACCUUAAUGAGGUCAACACAGUUACAGCACCCCUCCAAACAGAAGCAGUCGACUCACCCGCUCCCCCUGUCCUGCCUCCACCGCUGCAGCUGCCCCAGCCGGGGCAGAACCUGGAUGUGUUUGUGUCGGUAGCCUGCCACCCAGGGCACUUUGUCCUUCAGCCAUGGCAGGAGCUGUACAAGCUGGUGGUGCUGAUGGGAGAGAUGAUCCUGUACUACAACCGGCAGGAAGAGAUCCACAUCAGCGUGGAGAAGAACCAGAUAUACGCCGCCAAGAUCGACAGCAAUUGGCACCGUGUGUUGGUGAAAGGUGUGCUGGCGAACUCGUUAGUGUCUGUGUACGAGCUGGACUAUGGGAAGCACGAGCUUGUUCACCGCUCUCAACUCCGCCCCCUCCUCGACGAGUUCAGACAGCUACCCUUCCAGGGCAUCCCAGCACAACUGGCAGGUGUGCAGCAGGCAGGUUGGGACGCGGAAGCCUCAAUGGUGUUCCGGAACCACGUGGAGAAGCGCCCGCUGGUGGCGCAGAUCGAGUCCGUCCAGGAGGGGGCGCACCCGUGGGAGCGCAGACUGUCCAUCUACCUGGUGGACACUUCCACCGCUGACAGCGACCUGUGGAUCCACAGCAUCAUGGCUGAGUUCAUGGAUGAGCUCAACAGAGCUGAGUAGUGCUUCCCCUUUAGUAGCACUCUGUCCAGCGGGGGUGCUGUUUCCUCUCUGUUUGCUUUUCAUUUAAUCAACUUUACAGGGUCUCCAUAGGAUCGGACCCUAAAAAAAAAAAAAGAAAGUGAAAUGAAAAAGGAAGUGACUCUGUAUGUAAGUAAUUUGUCCCGUUUUUCUUGUGUUGUUAAAAAAAGCCCUAAUCAGCCUUAAUACUCCUCCUGUUGCUGAGAAGAUUUCUUAACAUUGUUCACUUGUUCUGCCUCCAAACUGAACAGUUCUCCUAAUUAAUAGGUUUGCAGCGAAGCCAUUUAUCUGUGAUUGGUUGGUUUAUUUCUUUGUUUGUCUUUUUUUUUGUGUAGCUUCACUUUGCACUUUGCUGGCUGCGACUGGUUUGAGUUUUGCACUUGUUAUUAUGUGUGUUUAAGGUUUUGAUUUGCAUGUGUUCUGAUGAAACAGAAAUGAAAAUCAUUGGCUGAGUUGUGUAGGAACUUGUUCAGUUUUCUGGAGAUUUGUUCAUUUGCUGAUUCUCUUCAUCAUUUUAUUAAAGAAGAACAGGAGAAAGAAA